AUGACGCAACAAAAUUACCUUCCUUGUUUUGUUUACCUUCUCGACAAAGGCAGCGAAAGCCUACAAGUGUUCGUGGAUUCCAAAUUGUUCGUGAUGGGAUUGUGUUCUUCGUGUUUUAAAGGAUCUUCAGAGGAAUUACUUACACCGGACGUAGAAGUCCGUCGUCAGCAACAGCGCGAAGCAGCAGAAAGACGACGAAUAGAACAGGAAUCACGAGGCAUUAAGGAUCCGGAAAAAGUUCGAAGACAACAGCAGCGCGCGAUGGAACAGGAACGUCGAGAGCAAGAGGCCAGCCGGAUGGGAGGACAGCAGCCAACAUUAAAGUGGCAGCAGGAUUAA